CCUUCAGAUCGAGAGCAGCGAAGAGACGGACCAGGGUAAAUACGAGUGCGUCGCCAGCAACAAUGCCGGAGUGCGCUAUUCUUCACCCGCCAACCUAUACGUGAGAGUGCGGCGCGUGGCUCCUCGGUUUUCCAUCCCACCCACCAGCCAUGAGAUCAUGCCGGGCGGAAAUGUGAACAUCACCUGCGUGGCAGUGGGCUCCCCGAUGCCGUACGUCAAGUGGAUGCAAGGGGCCGAAGAUUUGACGCCAGAAGACGAUAUGCCGGUGGGGCGCAACGUCCUGGAAUUGACCGACGUGAAAGACUCCGCCAACUAUACAUGCGUCGCCAUGUCGAGUUUGGGUGUGAUCGAAGCGGUGGCCCAAAUCACUGUCAAAUCCUUUCCCAAAGCUCCAGGCACCCCGGUUGUCACCGAGACCACGGCCACCAGCAUCACCAUAACCUGGGACUCCGGAAAUCCGGACCCCGUCUCCUAUUACGUGAUCGAGUAUAAGUCGAAGAGUCAGGACGGGCCGUAUCAAAUCAAGGAAGACAUCACUACGACCCGCUACAGCAUUGGGGGGCUUAGUCCCAACUCAGAAUAUGAGAUCUGGGUGUCGGCGGUGAACACCAUCGGGCAGGGUCCACACAGCGAUUCCGUUGUGACCCGUACGGGGGAGCAGGCACCCGCCAGCGCCCCCCGAAAUGUUCAGGGCCGGAUGUUGAGUGCCUCGACCAUGAUCAUCCAGUGGGAGGAACCAGUAGAGCCGAACGGCCAGAUCCGGGGAUACAGGGUGUAUUACACCAUGGAGCCCGAUCAACCGGUCAGCAACUGGCAGAAACACAAUGUGGACGACAGUCUCCUGACCACCGUGGGGAGCCUUUUGGAGCACGAGACCUACACCGUGCGAGUCUUGGCAUUCACAUCCGUGGGGGACGGCCCGCUCUCGGAUCCCAUCCAAGUGAAAACCCAACAAGGAGUGCCCAGCGCCCCACCUCGCAAGGUGGAGGUGGAAGUCCUCAAUUCAACGGCCAUCCAAGUCUUCUGGCGCUCCCCGGUGCCGAACCGGCAGCACGGACAGAUACGUGGCUACCAAGUGCAUUACGUGCGCAUGGAGAACGGCGAAGCCAGUGGGCUGCCCCAGAUCAAGGAUGUCAUGUUGGCUGAUGCUCAGGAAAUGGUCAUUUCUGGACUUCAGCCAGAGACCACCUACUCGGUCACAGUAGCUGCCUACACCAUGAAAGGGGACGGGGCCCGGAGCAAGCCGAAACCGGUUGUGACCAAGGGAGCAGUCCCAGGGAAACCGAUCCUGUCUGUGUAUCCCACCCAUGAAAACUCUCUCCUGGUCAAAUGGGAACCCCCUCUGGAAUCCGAAAGCCAGGUGCUGGGUUACCGCCUCCAGUUCGGCCGCAAAGACGUUGACCCGCUGGCCACCCUGGAAUUCGCCACCCAGGAGGACAAAUAUACCGCCACCCAUGUCCACAAAGGUGCCACGUACGUCUUCAAGCUGGCCGUGAAGAGCCGGGCCGGCUUUGGGGAGGAAGCGUUGCAAGAAAUCACCAUCCCAGAAGAUGUGCCAAAGGGUUACCCUCAGAUUCUCGAGGCGAGCAACAUCACCUCCAGAUCGGUCCAGGUCAAGUGGUUGCCCCCCGUCUUAGCCGAGAGGAACGGUGUCAUCGUCAAGUACACCGUGGCCUACCGAGAGACCACCUCUUCGGGAAACCCCCAGGAGACAGAUCUCCCUCCCUCUCCAGAAAACUCAUACAUCCUGAACGGUCUCAAGCCCAACACCGCUUACGAUGUUAAAAUCCGGGCUCAUACCAGUAAAGGUCCCGGGCCGUUCAGCCCCACUGUUCAAUAUCGGACGGUCCUUCUGGAUCAAGUUUUUCCCAAAAACUUCAGAGUGAAAAUGGUCACCAAGACGUCGGUCCUUCUAGGCUGGGAGUUUCCUGAAAAUUACAACUCCCCUAUUUCAUACAAGAUCCGGCACGAGAACACUGGCCAAGAGAUUGAGGUGGGUGGGAGUGCCACCAAGAAGCUCAUCACCAACCUGAAGCCACAAACAUCUUACCGAUUCUCCCUCGUGGGCCAGAGAAGCGAGAAAGGAGAUCUUCAGCAGAAAGUGAUGGUGUCCACCGCAGCCAAUAUGCUGAGCAGAAAGCCAGAGGUGUCUUACCGACACGAAAUAGAUGGCAACGUGAUGGUGAAUCUGCCAGAUGUCAGGACUUCAGACUCCCCAGUUCAAGCAUAUUACAUUGUGGUGCUACCCUUGAAGAAAACUAAAAGUGGCCAGUUCCAAAAUUCAUACAAUAGUCCAGAAGAAAUGGAUUUAGAAGAGCUAAUUCAGCAGAUCUCAAGGCUGCAACGGCGAAGCCUCCGCCAUUCCCGUCAACUGGAUCCCCAUAAAGCAUACAUCGCAGCCCGUUUCCACAUCCUGCCCCCUUUCUUCAUCCUCGGGGAUAUGAAACGCUACGACAACUUUGAAAAUAAAGCCCUGGAGGCCGGACAGAAAUACGUCAUUUUCGUUUUGGCCGUUCUGCACGCCAAUGAAGCCGUCUACGCUGCCAGUCCCUUCUCUGAUCCCAUCCAGAUGGACAGCUCUGAUCCCCAGCCCAAAAUUGAAGGAGAGGAGGGGCUGAUCUGGGUGAUUGGACCGGUUUUAGCUGUAGUCUUUAUUAUCUGCAUUGUUAUUGCAAUCCUCCUGUACAAGAACAAACCAGACAGCAAACGCAAAGACUCCGAGCCCCGGAUCAAGUGCUUACUGAAUAACGCCGAGAUCACACCUCACCACCCCAAAGAUCCUGUGGAAAUGAGGCGCAUCAACUUCCAGACGCCAGAUUCUGGCCUCAGCAGUCCUCUCAGUGACCCUGAGCUUGAACUCGAAAGUAUGCUGAACCAUCCACCGAUCCCCAUUUCGGAGCUGGCAGAUCACACGGAGCACCUGAAAGCCAACGAUAAUCUGAAGCUGUCUCAGGAAUAUGAGUCCAUCGAUCCCGGGCAACAGUUCACUUGGGAACACUCCAACCUCGAGGUGAAUAAGCCCAAGAACCGCUACGCCAACGUCAUUGCCUACGACCAUUCUCGGGUCAUCCUCCUCCCGAUCGAAGGCAUCCUUGGAAGCGACUACAUUAACGCCAACUACAUCGACGGGUACCGCAAGCAGAACGCCUACAUCGCCACUCAGGGCCCUUUGCCGGAGACCUUUGGUGACUUCUGGCGGAUGGUUUGGGAGCAGCGUUCCGCCACGGUGGUGAUGAUGACAAAGCUGGAGGAGAAGUCCAGGAUCAAGUGUGACCAGUACUGGCCAGGGCGGGGCACAGAGACUUACGGGAUGAUCCAAGUGACCUUGUUGGAUACCAUUGAGUUGGCCACAUUCUGUGUCCGCACUUUCUCUCUGCACAAGAACGGUUCCAGUGAGAAGCGUGAAGUUCGCCAGUUCCAGUUCACCGCAUGGCCAGAUCACGGCGUUCCCGAAUACCCCACUCCGUUUCUGGCUUUUCUCAGGAGAGUGAAAACAUGCAACCCGCCCGAUGCUGGCCCCAUCGUGGUGCACUGCAGUGCUGGGGUGGGUAGGACCGGCUGCUUCAUCGUCAUCGAUGCCAUGCUGGAGAGAAUAAAACACGAGAAGACGGUGGACAUUUACGGGCACGUCACCCUCAUGCGGUCCCAGCGAAAUUACAUGGUGCAGACAGAAGACCAAUACAGUUUCAUACACGACUCCUUGCUAGAAGCCGUCGCCUGUGGGAACACGGAGGUCCCCGCUCGGAACCUGUACACCUACAUCCAGAGGUUGGCACAGAUAGAAGUGGGAGAGCACGUCACAGGCAUGGAGCUGGAGUUCAAGAGACUCGCCAACUCCAAAGCCCACACCUCCAGGUUCAUCAGUGCCAACCUGCCCUGUAACAAAUUCAAAAAUCGCCUUGUCAACAUCAUGCCAUACGAGACCACACGGGUUUGCCUCCAGCCUAUCCGCGGAGUCGAGGGCUCCGACUACAUCAAUGCCAGCUUCAUUGAUGGAUACAGGCAGCAGAAGGCUUACAUCGCCACCCAGGGGCCUUUGGCCGAGACCACAGAGGACUUCUGGCGCAUGCUGUGGGAGAACAACUCAACCAUUGUGGUGAUGUUAACCAAGCUGCGAGAGAUGGGACGGGAAAAGUGCCAUCAGUACUGGCCGGCCGAGAGGUCUGCGCGAUACCAGUACUUUGUGGUGGACCCCAUGGCUGAAUAUAAUAUGCCUCAAUACAUCCUCCGAGAAUUCAAGGUCACCGACGCCAGGGACGGCCAGUCUAGAACCGUGCGUCAGUUCCAGUUCACGGACUGGCCAGAACAAGGUGUGCCAAAAUCCGGCGAAGGCUUUAUCGAUUUCAUUGGGCAGGUGCACAAAACUAAGGAGCAGUUUGGACAAGACGGGCCAAUUUCCGUCCACUGCAGUGCGGGAGUAGGCAGGACCGGCGUCUUCAUCACGCUAAGCAUCGUCCUGGAGAGGAUGCGCUACGAAGGGGUAGUGGACAUCUUCCAGACCGUGAAGAUGCUGAGGACACAACGGCCGGCCAUGGUGCAGACAGAGGACGAAUACCAGUUCUGCUAUCAGGCGGCCCUGGAAUACCUGGGAAGUUUUGACCACUAUGCAACAUAAUAAGGAAAAGGAAACUUUUCAAAAGCCAUGCGUUGUGCAGACUCCUUAACACUUUUCAGCCUGCAGGGCUCCCGUUUUGAGCGAGGCGAAGCUCACCUCGACCUUUCUAAACACCUACAGACUGAACCAGAAAAAAACGUUGCCUCCCCGAUCCGCCCAUUUCAGAUGCUCCGCCGGAAAGGAGGCGGCAGGGGAGAGGCCAGCAGCAACGCCCCCUCCUUCUCUCCAGGCGCCGCUGCAUCUCCGGAAGAGGGACUUCACCCCCCACACACACCCACUCUCUUGGCCUGUGUUUCGAAAACCCCGGAGCCCCUCCCCAGGGUGGCUUCGAAGCAGGGCGGGAAUUUCCCCCCCCCCCCCCUCCCCCUCUUCUUUUCCUUCUUUUUAAGUGGCAAACUUGUUGUUCUUACCUCAUCCGGUGUCGACGGUGUUGGGGAGCACACGGACCGCGUGCAACUGAACCAGAAACCGUAUUGAAACUUUUUCCUAUUGCGGCAGGCGCCGGGUCUCGUCCACACACCCUUGGAGAGCAGCGGUCGGAUUGGGAAAGGAAACAAAAAAAAAAAAAACCAUGGCCAAGAACCAGAGAGAUUUACACACAGGCAGAGAGAGAGAGAGAGAAACAAGAACAACUGAUGGGGAGAAAUAGCAAAAGAAGAAUUUGGCCACCACAAGUAACAUUUUAGGUUUCGGUUGACGUUACUAACCUUGCGGGCGGACUUAAAGGAAGCCACUUGAGGUGUGAAAAAAUUAAAGAGGCAAACAAAGCAAAAUUUUUGCAUCAGGUUGGAGUGGCAGGACUCCACACCUGGGGUGGGGGUGGGGUGGUUUUGGCUGUCCUGCGGCUUCUUUCUCAGCUUAGCUUCUCAAACACUUUUUAACAUUCCUCUUCUUUUACCAACCUUCUUACCGUGUCAAAAAAGCAAAACCAGAACAGGCAAUAAACACGUCCUCCCAACCCACCCAGGCAUUUCACAUUUUGCAAAAUAACAAAUGAAAAUAAAAUCCACAGGUUUUGCCGCUCACCCACACAUUCAUCUAAACUCUGAAUUUUUGGAAAUCUUGCAAAUUGCCAGUUCCAGGUGAUCUCCUGUUCUCCAGAUUUCAAAAAAAAUAGGAGCCAUGGAGAUUUGAAAUACAUUUCACAAGAGUUCCAAUUUUUUGUUUUGUUUUGUUUCGUUUUUUUGUUGUUUUUAAGGAAUUCUUCCCCCUGCUUUUCUGAUUCCCUUAGCGCAUCCAAAUUAGUCUCUCUCUUUUUUGUUGUCUGUCGUUGCUCUCAUUUAUUUCUGUGGGUGUUUUAACUUCCCCUUCCCUGAUGCCAAAGAGAAAAAUGGCAGAUUUGAAGACGAGCCUGUGGAUUUUGGGGACAGAGAAAGCUCGUGCAGGCUUCCUUAAUGUCCAAAUGAACAGAAAGGUACUUUCCAUUUCAAAAUCCAGGCAGAA